AGGAAGCUGAGAAGUUCAGCAGCCAAUAAUGGACACCAUGGAGAGGGCAAGUUUUAGGCACACUGCAUCUGCAGUAACAAUCAUGGCACAUAUUUUUGGUGUCACAGCCUGCAUUCUUCUGCUUGUUUGGCUGCUGCAUUAUCGUGGCGGGCUCGGCUACGAUUCUCCCAAUCCCAACCUCGUCUUCAAUUGCCACCCGUUCUUCAUGCUCCUCGGUUUCGUGUUCGUGUCCGGGGAAGCAAUGAUGGCCUUCAAGACAGUGAGGGCAGAUAAGAUGGCGAGGAAAAUAACUCACAUGGGGCUGCAUUUGGUAGCCAUUUGCAUGGGAAUUGCUGGGAUAAACGCUGCUUUCAAGUUUCAUGAUUUGGUGAACUUGGAAGAUAUGUUUAGUUUGCAUUCAUGGAUUGGCAUUGUCACCUUCUCCCUUUAUGGCUUGCAGUGGGUUUUGGGGCUGUGUACAUUCUUGUUUCCAGGAGCAGAGGCAAGUACAAAAGCCAAGCUGCUGCCAUGGCACAUCAGUGGGGGAAGGGCUCUGCUGCUGAUGAUAAUAUGCACAGCMUUGACUGGUCUAUCUCAGAAGGCUACUUCUCUCAAAUUGGUAGCUAACCAUGAGUCUCGUCUCCUCAACUUCACUGCUUUCUUUGUCCUCCUCUUUGGCAUCUCCAUCAACAUCGUUGUCGGUUUUGCUARGCACCCCAAUAUCCCGCUCUAGUUCUUUUUUGUUCUUAUUCUUUUUGCCUCAUCUUUUCUAGCUUCUUGAUCUUUUUUGGAGUGUGGAAAUAUUUGUUUGUGUGAUCUCAUGACUUAAAAAGAUGGGUUAAUUGCUCAACCAUCAAUUGAAAAGAUUACAUUUAUCAUAAUCAUAACUAGGUGUUCUCAAAA